UCGACAACGACACCAUCUACUCUUGAUCAGUAGAGAGUAAUCGAAAACCCAAAUGAGAAAAACCCUAACCAAAUCUCUCUCCACCUCAAUCCCUCGACCUUCCCGUCCGUACGUCCAUGGCGGCAGGUACCCUUUUCCUGUGUACACACCACCAAAACCCACAAUACUAUACCGAAAUGCAAAUUUUAGCUCAAAUCCCAGGUGGGUAUUCACCAAUUCAGUCCCACUUCCAGAAUGGAUUCAACCCUUCAGUGACGUCUCUGAUCUCAUCACAGACCCCAAAAACCUCCACCCCUCCCCCUGGGUCCACCAAAUUCUCAACCUUUUGGACAAUUCACCCAACAUGGAGCAAGAUCUGGAUUCUUAUUGCCUCAAGUUUCUGAUCAAAUUGCCUCCCAGCUUUGUGGCCUUCGUGUUGCGGUUGGACCCACUUCGCCAGGAAUCCGAUGUGGCUUUCAGGUUCUUUCACUGGGCUGGUAAGCAAAAGGGUUAUGCUCAUAGUAUUGAAUGUUAUGUUGUGUUGAUUGAUGUGUUGUCCGUAUCUGGUGAAUGGGAUAGGAUUAGAGGUGUGUUUGGUGGAUUUAAGGAUACGGGUUUGUUGAUGAAUGUAUCCGCGGCAAAUUCGUUGAUUAGGAGUUUUGGGGGACUUGGAAUGGUGGAGGAAUUGUUGUGGGUGUGGCGUCGAAUGAAAGAGAAUGGGAUUGAGCCGAGUUUGUACACGUAUAACUUCUUGAUGAAUGGGUUGGUGAAUUCGAUGUUUAUUGAAUCUGCAGAGCGGGUGUUUGAGGCGAUGGAAGGUGGGAAAGUUGGACCGGAUGUUGUGACUUAUAACACGAUGAUUAAGGGGUAUUGUAAGUCUGGGAAGACCCAAAAGGCAAUUGAGAAAUUUAGAGAAAUGGAAGUGAGGAAUGUGGAACCUGAUAAGAUUACGUAUUUAACUUUGAUGCAGGCGUGCUAUUCGGAAGGUGAUUAUGAUGCUUGUUUGAGUCUCUACCAAGAUAUGGAAGAAAAGGAAUUGGAGAUUCCACCUCAUGCUUAUAGUCUAGUGAUUGGAGGGCUUUGUAAAGAUGGGAAGUCUUUAGAAGGCUAUUUUGUUUAUGAAAAUAUGAUUCGGAGAGGCUGUAAAGCCAAUGUGGCGAUAUUCACUUCUUUGAUGGAUUCAUAUGCCAAAUGUGGGAACAUGGAAGAGGCUUUAAGGCUUUUCAAGAGAAUGAAAAGUGAUGGGUUUGAACCUGAUGAAGUUACUUAUGGGGUAAUUGUCAAUGGUCUAUGCAAAAGUGGGAGGUUGGAGGAGGCCAUGGAGUAUUUUGAAUUUUGCAAAGGUAGCAAUGUGGCUAUUAACGCCGUCUUCUACUCAAGUCUCAUUGAUGGUCUUGGUAAGUCCGGGAGGGUAGAUGAAGCUGAGAAACUUUUCGAAGAGAUGGUUGAAAAGGGAUGCACACGGGAUUCGUACUGCUAUAAUGCACUUAUUGAUGCUUUAGCUAAGAGUGGGAAGAUUGACGAAGCAUUAGCCCUCUUUAAGAGGAUGGAAGAUGAAGGUUGUGAUCAGACUGUGUAUACAUACACGAUAUUGAUAAGUGGAUUAUUCAACGAGCAUAGAAACGAAGAGGCAUUGAAGUUGUGGGAUAUGAUGAUUGAUAAGGGCAUUACUCCUACUGCUGCCUCUGUUAGAGCUCUUUCUAUUGGCCUUUGUCUUUCUGGCAAAGUAGCAAGGGCGUGUAAGAUCAUAGAUGAGCUGGCGCCGAUGGGGAUCAUUCUGGAAACGGCUUCUGAAGAUAUGAUCAAUGUGUUGUGCAAGGCUGGGCGUAUUGAGCAGGCUUGCAAGUUGGCUGAUGGAAUUGUUGAUAGGGGUAGAGAAAUACCAGGGAGAGUUCGCACUAUUUUGAUCAAUGCCUUGAGGAAAGCGGGGAAUGCCGAUUUGGCAAUGAAGUUGAUGCAUAGUAAGAUUGGGAUAGGGUAUGACCGGAUGGGUAGCAUUAAAAGGCGGGUCAAGUUUCGGAUUCUCGUUGACAGUUGACUGUUGGCCAGACUUUGUUAGCGAUGGUUUUAUUUUAUUUUUUUUAAUCGGCAAAAGUAACAUUUUAUUUAGAAACUUGAUAGGGUAAAUCAAGUAGGGGGGAAGGGGAGGGGGUUCCAACCCAAGGUUGGAAAAUACACAUAGAUGUAAAUGACCUCAGACACACAGCCUUAUUAUCAGCUACCUUCUUUAUAAUUUAGGUGUUAUAUAUACAUGGUGAAGUUUGGCGGG